UCCGCAGCUACACUCUGCCCUGACCUCGAGGAGAGACACGGAGCUGCUUCUCCUACCUCCUCCCCCGACAAGUCUUUAACAGAAAAGAAAAGGAAGAAAAAGGAAAAAAGAAGAGUCGACAUGGCCGUGCACAGAGUAUCACACCACAACCAAAUGGAUUAUAACAGCGUGGAGCCCAAGCACGGGAAGAUGCUGCCGUGCCAGGAGGACCGCGUUGACAGCGGCCUGGACUCCCUGAAGGAGGACGAGCUGGUGAGCGACUUCGAGGACAUGAACGUGACGAACAAGAACGAGGAUCUCACUCAGGAAUACGAGCCCUGGAGGACUGCGGUGACGGAGGACGGUGACACGCUUCUCCACUUGGCCAUCAUUCAUGAAGCCACAGACCAUGCCUUCCAGAUGAUCAAACUGUCCCACAAUCACCCCUUCCUCAACGUCCAGAACCACCAGAGACAGACUGCCCUCCACCUCGCAGUGAUCACAGAGCAGCCUCAGCUGGUCGAGAAGCUCCUGAAGGCCGGCUGUGACCCGCGGCUGUCGGACGACAGCGGGAACACGGCUCUCCACAUCGCCUGCAAGAGGGGCUCCCUCGCCUGCUUCGGGGUCAUCACCCAGAACUGCCAGCACCACCUCGCCGCCAUCGUGUCCUUCCCCAACUACAAUGGACACAACUGUCUCCACUUGGCGUCCAUUAAUGGCUACAUCUCAUUGGUGGAAAACCUGGUUCAGCUUGGCGCAGACAUCAACGCACAGGAACAGUGCAGUGGUCGGACGUCGCUCCACCUGGCCGUGGAUCUCCAGAACCCCACACUGGUGCGUUGCCUCCUGGAGCUCGGCGCGGACGUUAACUGCUUUAACUAUGGUGGGUUCACGCCGUACCAUCUCACCUACGGGCGCCAGAACGAAGACAUCCGCUGCCAGUUGUUUGAGAAGACGGCGCAGGAGCUGAGGGAGCUGCCUGAGAGCGAAUCAGACGAGAGCGACAUGGAGGAUGUGGACCUGUCGGAUGAUGAGCUGUACGAUGACAUAAAGUUUGGAAAGUAGAAGCAUCCCUCUGCUGGUGGUGUGAACAGUUAAGCUGCUAUUGGGUUGCCCAGCCACGGCCCCACAUCCGAGGGACACGCCGGUCCACGUUCCCCGGUCCAGGUCCAGAGAGGUGCUGGCCCAGGGAUCACAAAAAUGAAGACGGCGUCCAGUCUGGUCAAAACCGGUCCAGAUCACCCAGUGAUCUGCACCAAAAAAAACCCAUAAAAACAGCAAGACCAUGACCUCCAUAUAGACCUUCUAUAUACUGUAUAAAUAUAUAUUGAUCUGUAAAUACCAGACGUGUGUAAUAUAUUGUAAAUACAGAGAUAUUAUUUUUGUACCUUGUACAUAUGUGGUGUGAAUUUAAACACUAUUAACAAAAAACCUGUUCAGAAUAAAGAAGUUUAUGGAUAUAAA